UGCGCGCGGACGUCGGCCUCUGACGCCGUCUUUGCCCCCACGGCAGGUCCCGCCCGGGCUGUUCCUGCUGACCGUUGGGCGCCGCCGGGCCGAAGUUCCUCCCUCGAGACUUCCCCCACCACACGAACCGCUCAGGCGGCGGCGACCCAUGUGGGGGUUCAGGCUCCUGCGGUCGCCGCCGCUGCUGCUUCUUCUGCCGCAACUCGGAAUCGGAAUCGCCGCGACCUGCUCUCAGGCCAGAACCAUGAACCUUGGCGGCAGCAGCAGCAGCGGCGGCGCGCUCUGCUCCUCCUCGGCCGAGGGGCUCCGACCGCAGUGCCUGCGGCUGUCCACGGUGCCGGGUGCAGAUCCGCAGCGCUGCAACGAGUUGCUCCUGCUGGCGGCGGGGGCGGCGGCCGCGGGGGAGGGACAAGAACCGCGGAACCUCCCUGGGGACCCGACGAAGGUGGAGCCGCAAACGCCGCCCCAGCAUCACGUUCUCUAUUUCCCCGGGGAUGUGCAGAAUUACCAUGAAAUUAUGACUCGUCAUCCUGAGAAUUAUCAGUGGGAAAACUGGAGUCUAGAAAACAUUGCCACUAUUUUAGCUCACCGGUUCCCCAAUAGUUAUAUCUGGGUGAUAAAGUGUUCCCGAAUGCAUCUCCACAAAUUCAGUUGUUAUGACAAUUUUGUGAAAAGCAAUAUGUUUGGUGCUCCAGAACACAAUACUGACUUCGGAGCUUUUAAGCACCUUUAUACAUUAUUGGUUAAUGCUUUUAACUUAAGUCAGAAGAGUUUGCUAUCAAAGAAGAAUGUAAAAGAUUUGAAUAAGGAUUCUAAGGCAUCUAACUGUAGAUCUGGUUCUUCUCAUACAACUAAUGGUUGCCAGGGAGAAGAGAGGACCUGUGAAAAAUUUGAUGAGUCUGCCAUGAGUUUUUAUCCACCAUCACUAAAUGGUGCUUCUUUUACUUUGAUUGGAUUCAGUAAAGGUUGUGUUGUUUUGAAUCAGUUGCUCUUUGAAUUGAAAGAAGCCAAGAAAGACAAGAACAUAGAUGCUUUUAUCAAAAACAUAAAAACAAUGUACUGGCUGGAUGGCGGUCACUCUGGAGGAAGCAAUACUUGGAUUACUUAUUCAGAAGUCUUGAAAGAAUUUGCACAAACAGGCAUAAUUGUUCACACCCAUGUAACACCUUACCAAGUACGUGAUCCAAUGAGAUCUUGGAUUGGAAAGGAACACAAGAAAUUUGUUCAGAUACUUGGAGAUUUUGGUAUGCAGGUGACUAGCCACAUUCAUUUUGCAAAUGAAGUUCCUUCCAUAGACAAUCAUUUCAGGGUUCAUGAAGUAUUUUGAGACUACAAUAUUAUUAAUGUACUUGUUCAGUGGAAGAACAGAAGCACUUUGAGUGUUAUAAAUUCAGAUAAUGAGAUAUAAUUCAUAGCUAUAUUGUCAGUUUUGUUUUUUGUUUUGGUUGGGGGUUGGGGAAAGGAAGCACACAUUCCUAAAACAUGAGUGUAAUGUGCAAUAGUAUUCCUUACUUCUGAAUGUGAAUAGUUUUUAAUUUGGACUGGGUUAGAAUUAGUUCAUUUGAAAUCUAAGAGGUGAUAAUCCUAUGAGGAGAUAGGACCUUUAAGAAUGAAAGGUAAGGUACAGUCCUUAUAAAAGGCAAUUAAGUUUAAUGUUGGAAAUAGUUUAUUUUCUGAGUAAUGUUUAAAACUAAUUUUGGUGAUACUUUAAAGGUAAUUAGCUAUUUUGGCACUCAAAAUUUUUGAGUGGAAACACUCUAUUUCUCUUCAAACAAAGAGAAGGCACACUGAUGUUUUCCAUCAUUUUGCAAUAACCCAUACCCUGCCUCUUAGUUUCUAAACUUAUGGAAUCAUUCUUCAGUGUGCCACCAAGUGUUUUUUCUUGAGAGUCAAAAUGUAUUUGUUUCCAAAUACCCAAGAAUGUGCAGUAGUGUAAAGUUGGCCUAAAAAAUAUUACACUUAAGCACUAUGACUUAAUUUUUAAUUGACAACUUUUGGAUAUGACAUUUUGGAGUUUCUUGAAUUUUGGCAAAAGAACAGUUCUUUUGGAAAACUUUCAAAUUGAACAUAAUUAUGUAUAUUGGGUAAAAAUAUAGUAGAUUUAAAAUCAUUUCAUCAUAUCAGUCUUUUGAAAGAGAUCAACUUAGGUAAAAUAUAAUACACUAUUUGGUACUACUAUAUUGAAAAAGAGACAGAGUCUAUAGUUCUAAGUCAGUGUUUUUCCUGAAGCAUGAUUUUGUCUGCCAAAAGAAAGCAGCUCUCCUUGGCCAAAAGGCAAAAUUAUAUUGCUGUAAAGAAAGUUAAAAGGGAAAGUUUGAAGACCCAAAUGAUUUAAUUUUGGCUCAAAAACUGAAUUUGCUUAACACUGCUAUACAAUUUGGGUGAGGUUUCCGUCUGCCCAUUUUUCUUGACCUAGAUAAAUACAUUUUGAGAAACCAAGAUCUAAUGAAUGUCAACCCUUAUUGAAACAGCUGUGUGAUUAUAAUAAAAGGUGAGUGGUCAUUUUUAAUUGUUGAUAAUUAGCUCUUGCAGCUCAUGAAAUAAUGAAGCAGGGAAGUAACCAGCUGCUUUCAGACUGAAAAAAAAAAAAAGACAAGUUUAAUAUCUUAAUAACCCAGGGGUUAUUAAGUAUAAAUAUAUAAAGUAAUAAUUAAAAUGGUAAUUUCUUGGUUUCUUCUCAGAAUUACAUUUUAGUGACUCUAUAAAUACAUUCCAAACAUUCGGAGACUUACGAGAAAGGAUUUUUACUUACCAAAUGCUUAAAAAUAACAUCCUUUAAUUCUGUCAACUACAGAAUAGUAUCUUUUUUUUUUUAAGGAUGAAGUACCAUAGUUUUAUAUUGCUUCAGUUUCUUUAAAUACCUGUUGAGACCAAAAAUUCCCAACAAAAAAACAAAUCAGCCUAAUCCUCCCAUUUUAUUUACUACCUUGUCCUAAAGCACCAUGAUUGAUUGGAUGGCUUCUUUCAACAUGUUUAAUAAUCCUAGGUCAAAUUUAUGUGUAUUGAAUAUAAAAUAGCUAAGUUACUGAAUGCUUUCAUGAGGAAGGAAAUGCAUCUAUUUUUACAGGAUUAAUAAAAUGGAAAAAGUAUGACUUUGAGCAGAAGUGUUCACUUAAAAAUCUGAGACAUUAAAAAAUCUGGCCCUGUAGCUAUCUGGUCAUGUGAAUGCUUAAUUAUAAUUGUUAUAUGUUGAGUGAAUAUACAUAACUCACUGGGACACCUGGAGCUGCCAGUGCAUCAAAAUGAGAUAGUACUGAAACACUGAAUGAAAAAAAAAAGUGUCGAAUGAAAAUAUAUUCAAGUUCAUCCAUAUUCAGAUAUUUUAAUACUUAAAAUUUGUUGUUUCUCCACAUUUAUUUAAAACUGUUAACAAAUGUUAGUGUAUCCUUUUGGAUUGUGCCUUUGUGUUUAUGUCGUGGAAGAGUCAACCGAGAAAAGUAGUCAUUCAAAUAAUGGGAAAGUUGUUGCUGCCAUAGUAUGAAUGUACAGUUUAAUACAGAGCAGUCUGUUUGAAUGUGCUGUAUGUUACUAGAUCUAUUAAAACUUUAGAUAGUUAUUUGGAAGGAAGCUAUUUUUCUCUGCUUUGCCAGUUUGGGCUUGUGUAUGUUGUCAUUAACCUACAUGUUUUUUCAUACAAGCAACUUUGAAACUUUCCUGUAAAAAUACAUCUCUUCUUUAAUUUAAAUUGUUCCACAAAAUUAGCAUUCUUUCCUCCUGUUAGAUUUCCUGAAGAACAAAAUCUCUCAAAAAUAAGUUCACCCUUCUGUUCUAAUCAUCCCAGAUAUCUGUAUUCCUUUAGCUGUCAUCAAGAGACUUGGUUAGAAUAUAGUGUGAUCUGUUUUUCAUUUCAUUCAUGCAAUAUCUAAGCCACAACCAAGGGCAAGGAAGGUCUGGGCUCUGAGGAAAUAGUACAGACAAAACAGCAUAUAAGUAUGGAAAUGUUUAAUGAAGUAAGGAUUAAGAGGUAAAAUACGAAACAAAAGGUAUUCAAGGGCUUUUAAAGAGAAACAUGCUUUAGAAUAUAAGAUAUAUGUGUAGAUAGACCUCCUCUGUAAAUUCAGGUUCUUUGCAAGGACAGAGAGGCCAAGCAGCUCUUAGUGCUAGAGGCAGGCAGAGUCACUUAGGAUGACCAUUUUGUAUCCAAUUUAAUGGAACUUAAAAAAAAAUAGAACAUAACACUCAAACUCCAAUGGCCCAAAUGCUUAAAACAACUGUAAGGUAAUCUAGAUACAUGGGUGAAUGCCAAUCUAUGUUAGUUCUUCCUGACUACAUCUGUGUUUUAGCACUUGGGGAAUUAGUCACAGCAGCACAGUUCCAACUCCAUCCAGACAUAGAUCCCUACUUCCUGCAUUUUUUCCCCUAAUGUUAAAGCAGAUUUAUAAUAGUGAAAAAACUGUAAAUAAAAAUGCCCAUCAACUAGUGAAUGUGUCAACAAACUGUGGUAUAUACAUCCAAUGGAAUAGUAUUCAGCAUCAAAAAGGAGUGGGCUGUUGAUACACACAGCAAUAUAGACACAUCUCAAUAUAAUAAUGCUCAGUGAAAAGUCUGAGUCUAAAAAAAAAGUGCACUCCGUUUAAUUCCAUUUAAAUAAAUCUCUAGGAAAUGCUAACUAAUCUAUAGUAACAAAGCAAAACAAUGGUUGGGGGCUGUGGGAGGAAAAGGAGGGAUUACCAUGGGAAGGAGGAAACUUUCAGGGUUCCUGGAUGUGUUCAUUAUUUUCAUUGUGAUGGUUUCACAGUUGUAUGUAUAUGACAAAACUUACCAAAUUGUACACUUAAAAUAUUCCCUGAUUAUCGUAUGCCUGUUACACCUCAGUAAAGCUGUUCUUAAAAGUUUCUGCAUUCCCUACUUGGGAGGCCUGGACCCAAACAAAUUCCUUACACUCUGUUAGUCUCUCAUUCACACAUCCCUAAGAUUUCAUAAAUCAGAAGAGGGUCCUGGGCUGGGACAGAAAGCCCUCUUAACUUUACUUCAACCAACGCUUCAGCCAGCCACCAUUUUCUGAAUUCUAUACCUUUUCUUCCAAUAUCUUAACCCAAGUCACAUUUCUCACCUGUCUCAACACUUCAUCUAUUAUUUCCUAAUUCUGUAUAUCCCUGCUAUCUUAUUUCCCAAGAUGUUUCCAAGGACACAGGGAUAUUUUUUCCUGCUCUGAUCCCUUCCCCCGCACCCCACCCCCCCGGCCAUUCAGGACCUUCUCACCCUGAUCCUAAAUUUAGCCACAAUAAGGAUUGUACUGGCAAGCAAACAUUUUAGAAAAAGAGCCCAUGGCCUUUCUUGAUAGCAAAGUAGAUGAAAACCCUGCUUCCCAGCAAUUCAGGGAUUAAUUCCUGAGCAUUUAAGGCAGUGGUUCUCAUAAUGUGUUCCCAAGGAUCAGCAGCCUCAGGAUCGUCUGAGAACCUAGGCUCCCAGGACAGACCUACUAUAUCAGAAAUUCUGGGUUGGGCCUAGCAGUCAGUAUUUUAACAGAGACAGGCCCAGUUCUGGAAGAAAAACCAGAGAAGACAGGAAGAAAAUAAGAAUGGAAGCACAGUGAAUCUGAUUGAGAGGUUUAAGCGAUGGAUGAAAACAAAGAUAAUUUAGGAAGAACUUGCUAUUAGUCAGAAAACCUCCCUGCUCCAGAGAGCUUCCCCAAAAGAUGUUUUCCACAUUCACAUAAAAAAACCAGCAAUAGGGCCUGCCAAGUCCGUUGCUACAAGUCUGCCGUGGAUGCCUCCUGCAUUAAAAAAUUUUUUUCGGUCAACUUCUUAGAUUAAACUUCAAUGUCUGUUGGCAACCUUAGGUGAGAAAAGCUUCACUACUAAGGAUCUUUCCAAAUGUUCACAUAGCUGCUGUUCAAAAGAAUGGAAAGAGAAAAUAAGCCAUGUUGACCUGUUUCCCUUGUUUUGAUAUUACACUUUAGAGUGAUGUUUGAAAUUACUGAAUAAAAUUAGUGUAAUUAUGUACCAAGACAAAUACUGUUAAUGUCUGUAAUUACAAUCUUGACCUGUACUUUAAAAUUUUGAAAGAAUAAUAUAUACCAAGGCAAAAUUUUUUAAAUAAUACACAAUUGUAAAUUCCAGUCUGUCUACCUACUCAUGGGCAAUCACUAUCACUGGUUUCUUAUGUAUCCUUGCAGAGAUAAUUCUAUACAAAUAAAAGUUUACUUACAGCAUA